AUGGGGUCAGAACAUGAAGUACUGCUUUACUACACAGAAGUUUGUUGGCUGGUAAGGGGACAGGUCUUAAAGCAAUUGUUUGAAUUGAGGACAGAAGUGUUACUUUUUCUAAAAGAUAAAGGAAAUUCACUGUCUGAAUAUCUUAAGAGCGAAGAUUUGGUACGGGGUCUAGCGUAUUUGGCAGAUAUAUUUACUCAAUUGAAUGAGAUUAACUUGUCUCUUCAGGGCUCUGCGGUGACCAUCGUGGAUGCAUCUGAACGGUUGAAAGCUUUCAUAUGUAAACUGCCACUUUGGAAAAGGAAGGUGGAAUCUGGUAACUUUGCAAAUUUUCCGAUGUUUGAAGAGUUAAUAGCACAAGGUGACGGCAACACGAUAUCAAAAAUGCUACAGAAAGAGGUGUCUAAGCAUUUGGAUACAUUGCAAACUUCUUUUGAGGGCUACUUUAACUUAGAAUCGCUUUAA